ACAGAGACUUUCAGCAUAGGUCUGAACAUGCCAGCCAAAACUGUUGUUUUUACAAAUGUUCGUAAAUUCGAUGGGAACAAUUUUAGAUGGAUAAUCUAGUGGAGAGUACAUACAAAUGAGUGGCCGUGCUGGUCGUCAGAGGUAUUGAUGAACGAGGAAUAUGCAUCCUAAUGGUAGACGAAAAGUUGGAACCUGCUUAAGGGAAGUGCUGAUAGUUUGAACAGGUACUUCUUCAGCCGAUGCGGGAUGUUUAUAGGCUGUUCUAUUACUAGUUGGAUGGUUCUUAGUAUUCAAUUUUGGCAUGUAUCUCAUGGGGUUUUUUUUAUCCUUGUUAGUUUAAAAGUUUUGUCACAUCUAUGGCUGUUUUUUAUUUUUUAUUUAUUUUUUGUUCAUUUUUAAGGGAUUUGAAGCGAACUCGUUUAUGAUGCUAUUACUAUUAGGAUCUCAGAUAGAUGGACUGUUAAGUGUCAUGGUCACCAUAUAUACUCUUAUGAGGUGGCUUGACUUCUGAUGGGUUAGAAGGUUUCAGUUGUUUUAGUCAACCAAGUUCUGUUUCUGAAGAAUGGCUUCUUUGAGUGGUCCACCAGCAGCCUUGUCACAUUGUUUAUACCGAUUAUCAGCCAACAACACCCCUUCAGCAUUGCAUUUUCCCUGAUGGAGGUGACGGUCUGUACAUGGUGGUGGAUGAAAGGGGAAGGUUUCAGGAAGACGGCUUUCUGAGAGCUUUAAGUGCGCUUGUUCCUAAAGCUGAAAGUGACAGGAAAAGAGAGAGUGGUAAGUUACAGAAUGGUUUAGUGGUGGGGAAAGUUGGCGAAGAUAGUGAUAUCUUCAAGUUGGUGAUUAUUAGAUGUUAAUAUGAUCCUGUGAUUAUAUUCAGUUUCAGUGGAAAGGAAUGUGAAUUUCUUGCAAUGCAGGUAGGCUUCUUUUUUCAUCUGUGAAGCCUGUUUUAUAAAUAUGUUUUUUAUAU